AUGAAAACGAGAGGUUCAGCUGGGUCCCAGGCCAACACCCCAACGGCUGCAGGAGACUCAUUUGUCAAAGGACAUGGAAGCCCGAAGGUUGCUACUCCUGAUUCAAUGCCAAAAGUUCACCCCUCGCGGAAACUAACGCCAAAACCCGGGCCAGUCACGUCGCGCGUUACACCUCGUCCCUUAUCAGGCACGCCGAGACCGCCCCUGGGAACUCGUGAACGUUAUGGUCCGGUUCCUCCACGACCAACUUCCACUCCACCCUCCGUACAUAUACUCAAGCACACACCCCCUGCUUCGUCACCGAAUUUCACUCCCUUUCACCCUAGCGGAUUACAGAAACACCCGACUCCACGUUUAUCUAAAGGUGCACCCCGCAAGAUCGCUCAGUCCCCUGGGGUUUUUUCUCCGAAAUCCGCUACUCGAGUGGGGAAACCUACACCCGCUUUUUCUGGCACUAGCCCACGCUCGCCACGAAGUGCGCUACCUACACCGUCUCCAUUAGUACGAUCGCCCGCUCCGAAAGUACUGGACUCACGUCAAUCUCCUCACAGGGCCCGAAAUGGUGUCAGACGCUCAAACGUUCGAAGCACAUCGCGCUUAUCUCUCACCUCGAAGAAUCAUGGAAGUGACAGAUCAGGUAUCACCACAGUGACACCUCCUGGACGCUCAUCAAGUGCGGCGACUGAACUAGCUGCUUCACCUGUGCGUACACCUGGUACUAAAAUCUCUGGAUAUCACACAGCGCGCCUUGGAAGUCCAUCCAGUUCACUAAAGGACAAACUGAAAGCCAAUAAAGUUUCACUCGAGGGCCUUACGAAGAAGCCUGUGCAUCCAAAUACCGCGCGAGGACUGCAUGCCAAGAUAAAACGACCGAUAGAUAGUCGUGCUAGUAUGGUGACUGAAAACAUAAUCAGAUCAGCUGCGAAGCGGGCAAAGGGUGUUUCGUUCGGUCCAGCAUUAAGUCCUGAGCAGUUCGAUAAAACUCUCCCACCAUCCACACCAGUAAAGAAGGGAGCAAUUCCACAGGAAGCCACUACUCCAAGUACUUCGAAUGCUUUGUUGAAACACAGGGCACCCACACCGUUUUCUAGAUCUGUCUCUGGAGUCUCUCAGAAACAAACACCAAUGUUUUCACCAAGCUAUGUGACUGCUACACCUAGUAGGAUUUCAGGAGUUAUUUCGUUACCACCAACGCCAGAUACUAACCUCCUAGAUUCGUUGAAUGGCUCAUUGAAGAGUUCUGAGAGGCCCAUUUCUUUUGCAACAUACUCCGCCCCGGCGCAUAAACAGCGCUCACCUGGGAGAACAUUAAAGCCUCAUCUUCGACAUUCAUUUGGUCCCGAAGCUACAGCCUGGCAAAAGGUUUCUCGUAAGCAAGCAGUCCCACGUGUCCCUCAUUCCACUCCUACUUCUCCUCACCGAACCGCAACGAUCCAUUCUGGGGCUAGCAAUCAAGAUCGAAGCACUGGCUUCCCACGUAUCUCUGCUUCGUUUUCUGGUAAGAGUCGCUCGCCCUUAGUAGUUCAUUCGACCGAUGCCAAAACCAACAGUCCUCGUCGCAGUUUAGUUCAUCCACGUUUGUCAUCCGCCUAUUCUAGAAAGAGUCCUCUAUUAUUCAGUCCUUUAAGCACGAAUCACUUGUUAGAAAAAGACCCAGGGGGUGUGUUGUCACUGGAUAGCCCCCGCCAUAGUGUUGGUCGUCCGCGCGCAUCGUCUGUUCCGCUAGAGGAAAGCAGUGGUUGGAUUACGCCCACCACUACCAGCCGACUCUCGAACAACACUAAAUCUAGGACCCCAUCGGUGUCUGGUGUUGCUGCUUUAUCCCAAAUGAAUGGUGUCAGUCCACCUGAAAGUCGUAAUGUUGGACGACCGCGGUCUUCAUCUAUUCCGUCUGCUGAAAGGAGCAACAAUUCUCACAGUGCUAAGCGCAUGAUUGGUGCUCAUCGAUUGAAGGAAACUCCGAGGUCUUCCAUAACGCCACGCAUACCACCUGAUGCUGAUUUACUUCCAUCAUCUAAUCUCAGUCCACCGACCCGUUGGUCACAUGCGUCGUCUACGAAGCGAAGUGCAUCGUCGACACCACGUAGUACGAAGAGAACUGUUUCGAAGACUCCGCUGACGGGUGUUCGUCGAUUGAUGAAGACGCCGAAGUCUUCAGGCACUCCUCGUGUAUCUGGAGUAGCCGAUCUGUUCCAGACAACCGAUGUGAAUGUAGUGAGUCCUCAUCGUAGUGUUGGUCGUCCACGAGCGUCAUCUGCGAAGCAAAGUGCAUCGUCGACACCACGUAGUACGAAGCGAACUGUUUCGAAGACUCCGCUGACGGGUGUUCGUCGAUUGAUGAAGACGCCGAAGUCUUCAGGCACUCCUCGUGUAUCUGGAGUAGCCGAUCUGUUCCAGACAACCGAUGUGAAUGUAGUGAGUCCUCAUCGUAGUGUUGGUCGUCCACGAGCGUCAUCUGCGAAGCGAAGUGCAUCGUCGACACCACGUAGUACGAAGCGAACUGUUUCGAAGACUCCGCUGACGGGUGUUCGUCGAUUGAUGAAGACGCCGAAGUCUUCAGGCACUCCUCGUGUAUCUGGAGUAGCCGAUCUGUUCCAGACAACCGAUGUGAAUGUAGUGAGUCCUCAUCGUAGUGUUGGUCGUCCACGAGCGUCAUCUGCGAAGCGAAGUGCAUCGUCGACACCACGUAGUACGAAGCGAACUGUUUCGAAGACUCCGCUGACGGGUGUUCGUCGAUUGAUGAAGACGCCGAAGUCUUCAGGCACUCCUCGUGUAUCUGGAGUAGCCGAUCUGUUCCAGACAACCGAUGUGAAUGUAGUGAGUCCUCAUCGUAGUGUUGGUCGUCCACGAGCGUCAUCUGCGAAGCGAAGUGCAUCGUCGACACCACGUAGUACGAAGCGAACUGUUUCGAAGACUCCGCUGACGGGUGUUCGUCGAUUGAUGAAGACGCCGAAGUCUUCAGGCACUCCUCGUGUAUCUGGAGUAGCCGAUCUGUUCCAGACAACCGAUGUGAAUGUAGUGAGUCCUCAUCGUAGUGUUGGUCGUCCACGAGCGUCAUCUGCGAAGCGAAGUGCAUCGUCGACACCACGUAGUACGAAGCGAACUGUUUCGAAGACUCCGCUGACGGGUGUUCGUCGAUUGAUGAAGACGCCGAAGUCUUCAGGCACUCCUCGUGUAUCUGGAGUAGCCGAUCUGUUCCAGACAACCGAUGUGAAUGUAGUGAGUCCUCAUCGUAGUGUUGGUCGUCCACGAGCGUCAUCUGCGAAGCGAAGUGCAUCGUCGACACCACGUAGUACGAAGCGAACUGUUUCGAAGACUCCGCUGACGGGUGUUCGUCGAUUGAUGAAGACGCCGAAGUCUUCAGGCACUCCUCGUGUAUCUGGAGUAGCCGAUCUGUUCCAGACAACCGAUGUGAAUGUAGUGAGUCCUCAUCGUAGUGUUGGUCGUCCACGAGCGUCAUCUGCGAAGCGAAGUGCAUCGUCGACACCACGUAGUACGAAGCGAACUGUUUCGAAGACUCCGCUGACGGGUGUUCGUCGAUUGAUGAAGACGCCGAAGUCUUCAGGCACUCCUCGUGUAUCUGGAGUAGCCGAUCUGUUCCAGACAACCGAUGUGAAUGUAGUGAGUCCUCAUCGUAGUGUUGGUCGUCCACGAGCGUCAUCUGCGAAGCGAAGUGCAUCGUCGACACCACGUAGUACGAAGCGAACUGUUUCGAAGACUCCGCUGACGGGUGUUCGUCGAUUGAUGAAGACGCCGAAGUCUUCAGGCACUCCUCGUGUAUCUGGAGUAGCCGAUCUGUUCCAGACAACCGAUGUGAAUGUAGUGAGUCCUCAUCGUAGUGUUGGUCGUCCACGAGCGUCAUCUGCGAAGCAAAGUGCAUCGUCGACACCACGUAGUACGAAGCGAACUUUUUCGAAGACUCCGCUGACGGGUGUUCGUCGAUUGAUGAAAACGCCGAAGUCUUCAGGCACUCCUCGUGUAUCUGGAGUAGCCGAUCUGUUUCAGACAACCGAUGUGAAUGUAGUGAGUCCUCAUCGUAGUGUUGGUCGUCCGCGUGCUUCAUCCUCAGCUAAUGAUAAGAGUGGUAUGAAAGAUAAUCUGAUUGCAGCUGUUCCAGCUGGUGUGGUGCGUGCUCGUCGAAGACAGGUAGGCGUCGAUCAUCGAAGUAUCUCAGUUGGAGAUGAGGUACCUUCUGUUUCAAAAGAAAGCCGUAUGCGCUCUUGUCGCGGUAAGCUCAACAAUAAAAAAAUUCCCAAAUCUGUGGGGAAAUCGAAAACUGUUAUAGGUGAUCUUGAUUCAGACGUCUCGUCCAAGGAGCCUAAGUCUAUGGGAGGUAACACCAAUGGAAAUUCUUCCGUUAUCACCGAUCACCGUUCAUCAACUUUGCCGUCGUCGUUGGUGUCUGUUAUGGGUUCUCGACGGCGUGGGAGGACGGCAGAGGUUCCUGGAUUUGUUGAAGAGCACUCUCCCGUGAGAAAGAAACGCAACCUACGUGGGGGUGUUCAGUCCUCAAGGUCGGUGAGUAAAUCUGUCCUCAAGGACACUCCAGGGAUACCGGAUGCUAAACCAACGAUAGCGAGACAGACUCGCAGUCGUGUCCAACUUGGCACGAAGAACGUUGAUUCUAAGGGCCCCAAGCUGUCAUCACCUGCACGAGGGAAGCGAAUCAUUCGACCCGAGCGGUUGGUCGCAGCCAAGGUUUCCACUCCCGGUUCGGAAAAUAAGCUUGGAGUACUGGCUGCUGGAACCAAAAGGCGCCAACUGGAUGCUUCACAGCACUCUCCAGUUAAUUCGAAAGACGUUUCCACUGUACAUCCGCCGUCUACGAAAAGGCGUGCUGUUACUACUGUUAUAGAUAAGAAGGAAUCGCCACGUUCGGCCUCUGCAAACGCAUCCAGCAAAUCUAGCAAGGUUUUACUCCAGAAGGUUUCUGUGACCCCUCUUUCCAAUCGGCCAGUGGUCGACACAUUGCAGGGGAAACUACUGAAAUUAAGUAACCGAGUGUGGAAGAAGAAUGGCUUGGCUCGACUUUAA